AUGGACUGCUAGCCAGCACUAGUAUUUCAUCUCAAAGUCUUCAGAGUAAUUACGGCCUUUCAUCUGAAGACUGGGAAAUUUAUAAAACUUGCUACCUUAACAAAAAAAAGAAAGUCAGGAAGGACCGGACAAGCCGGGGGGAGGGUGAGGUAAGGGGGCAGCGUAGUGAGGAAUAUGUGGAGGUACCAGAGUGGGGAACAUUUGAGGGGAAGGCCUCCAGGGUUGUGAUGGAGGGGACAGAGGCUGGUAUUAGUAUGAUGGAUAUGCUAAAUGGAGGUGAGGAGAAUGGAUGUGAGGUGGGAGUGAAUGUGGAGGAGGUUAAGGGAGGAGGAGGGAGAAGUGCAGGGAAUGCUGUGGAAUAUGUGGUGUCACAAGGAGGCAGAACUUGGCUAGAACCCAUCCAGGAGGAAGACCUUGAGGAAGAUGAAGAAACAGAUGAGGAGCUUCAGGAAGCAGAAGACACUGAUGCUGCCACAGUGGACAGUUGGCAGUGCAUGGCGGCAUAUGUAGCCAGAAUAUGGCUGCAGACUUUACAGGAAGAUGGACCUGAGGAAAAUGAAGAAGCUGAUGUGGUAUUCCAGCAGGCAGAAGAUGCUGAUGCUACCACACUGGUCAGGUUUCAGUGUAUGGUGGCAUCUGAAGACAGAUCACAGCUACUGACUACACCAGAAGAAGGACCUGAGGAAGAGGACGAAACUGAAGUGAUGAAGACAGAUAAAACAAAAGAAGAUGCUGAUGCUGCCGAGAAGAUCUGCAGUGAAGAAGUAUCAUUCCAUGUGAAUGCCGAAGAUCUUUCUGAAGAUGAUACUGAGAAGAGCCACAAGAAGAAGAAGAAGAAGAUGAAGUGGUGCUUCUUCUGCUGUCCCCUGCCCUUCAGAAGAAGUAGCAAGAGGCAGUAAUUAUAAGGCUGUGAAUUCAGGUUUAGAAAUUACUUAAAGCAGUAAUAUAACUACAUUAUUGACACCUUCACAAUGCACUGUAAUGCAUCCAUAAAUAUAUUAUAGACAUGGGUAUAAAUAUUGAAGAAAAAAAAGCAUAACACAUUAUAGCCAUGUUUAUUAUGGAUUAAUGGCUGAUAUAAUGUAUUAUGAAGAUAUUUAUUGUGUAUAUAUAGAUCAGAGCAUUCAUAAUGCAUUAUCAACAUAGCUAUAAUGUGUUAUGCCUUUGUAUAAGUAUUUACAGCCGUGUUUUUAAUACUUUUAUAAAUGAUUUA